GGCAGUGAACUUGCAGGGGCGGGAGAGGGGACAUCGAUUCAGCCCAGGUCGUGCGCGUUGCACUUCUCGGGGCACCAGGGCGCCCGAAAACUCCAGCGGUCGCCCCGGCAAGCCGAUCAUGCCCCCUAGCUCUUUUUCCAACCUCUCACUGACCACGGGCGCCAAUCAAAGCGGGUUCGCGCCCGAGGUAUACGAAGGGGAUUUUCUGCCCGCCUCCGACGGGAGCACCGCCGAGCUGGUGAUCCGCUGUGUGAUCCCGUCCGUCUACCUGCUCAUCAUCACGGUGGGCUUGGUGGGCAACGUCAUGCUGGUGAAGGUCUUCAUCGCCAACAGCGCCAUGAGGAGCGUCCCCAACAUCUUCAUCUCUAACCUGGCGGCCGGGGACUUGCUGCUGCUGCUCACCUGCGUCCCAGUGGACGCCUCGCGCUACUUCUUCGACGAGUGGAUGUUCGGCAAGGUGGGCUGCAAACUGAUCCCCGCCAUUCAGCUCACCUCCGUGGGGGUUUCCGUGUUCACGCUCACCGCCCUCAGCGCUGACCGGUACAGAGCCGUCGUAAAUCCCAUGGACAUGCAGACAUCAGGGGCAGUGCUGUGGACCUGUGUGAAGGCCAUGGGUAUCUGGGUCAUCUCCAUGUCGCUGGCAGUUCCGGAAGCAGUAUUCUCGGAAGUGGCACACAUCGGUAGCUUAGAUAAUAGCAGUUUCACAGCAUGUAUACCCUAUCCUCAGACAGAUGAAUUACAUCCAAAAAUUCAUUCAGUGCUCAUUUUCUUGGUCUAUUUUCUCAUACCACUUGCUAUUAUUAGUGUCUAUUAUUACCAUAUUGCAAAGACCUUAAUUAAAAGUGCACAUAAUCUUCCUGGAGAAUACAAUGAACAUACCAAAAAACAGAUGGAAACACGGAAACGCCUGGCUAAAAUUGUGCUGGUCUUUGUGGGCUGCUUUGUGUUCUGUUGGUUUCCAAACCACAUCCUCUACAUGUAUCGGUCUUUCAACUAUAACAAGAUUGACCCAUCUUUAGGCCAUAUGAUUGUCACCUUAGUUGCCCGAGUUCUGAGCUUUUGCAAUUCUUGUGUCAAUCCAUUUGCUCUUUACCUACUCAGUGAAAGCUUCAGGAGGCACUUCAACAGCCAGCUCUGUUGUGGGCGGAAGUCCUAUCGAGAGAGAUCAACCAGCUACCUACUCAGCUCCUCAGCAGUGCGUAUGACAUCUCUGAAAAGCAAUACUAAGAACGUGGUGGCCAAUUCUGUUUUACUAAAUGGGAAUAGCACAAAGCAGGAAAUGGCACUGUGAUUUUGGCCAUUCAACUUACUACCUGGAGGGAACUUACUAA